AUGGCUAAAUUGUUCAGAGCGUAUUUCUUCAAGUCUCUUUUCUUCUUUUGGUACCGUUUUCUCUUUAGGCAACUAAGGAACCUCAUUCGCUUCCACAGAACCAUUAGCAAUUCUCUUUCGGGUGCAACACAGUUUAAGCACCCCAAGUUCUCCUCUCUCCUUCACCGAUCAGACCUCAACGACCACACCUUGGUCUUUGAUGUCGAACAUGCUUUGUUGAAAUCCUCUUCUUUGUUCCCAUAUUUCAUGCUUGUGGCCUUUGAGGCAGGGGGGCUCCUUAGGGCCAUUGUCUUGGUUCUUCUAUAUCCUUUUGUUUGUGUAGUAGGAAACGAGAUGGGGUUGAAGAUAAUGGUUAUGACAUGCUUCUUCGGGAUCAAAGCGUCGAGCUUCAGAGUGGGAAGGUCCGUUCUGCCAAAAUUCUUGUUGGAGGACGUUGGUGCAGAAAUGUUUGAGACGCUCAAAAAAGGAGGGAAGAAAGUGGGUGUGAGCAAUCUUCCACGAGUGAUGGUGGAAAGCUUCUUGAGAGAGUAUUUGGAGAUUGAUUUCGUUGUGGGUAGAGAGCUGAGAAUGUGCUGUGGAUACUACGUAGGUUUGAUGGACGACACCAAAACUAUGCAUGCCUUGGAACUAGUCAAAGAAGGGAAAGGAUGUUCUGACAUGAUCGGAAUUACAAAGCUCAACAACAUUCGGGACCAUGAAUUUUUCUCCCAUUGCAAGGAAGUGUACGGGGUGUCGGAAGCAGAGAAGAGACGCUGGCAAAAGCUAGGAAGGGAGAGAUACCCCGUACCCCUUAUAUUUCAUGAUGGAAGAUUAGCACUGAGACCAACUCCAAUGGACUCCAUAGCAAUCAUCAUGUGGCUCCCCUAUGGGAUUAUCCUCGCUGUUAUUCGCACUUCCCUCGCCCUCUCACUCCCAUUUAAAAUCUCAACCCCCCUGUUGGUUAUGAGUGGGCUACGUCUUACCACAUCUGCAUCUACACGCUCCCACCAUAUUAAAGAAAACGGCAACAAUAUUAAUGCUCAGAAUCUCUAUGUCUGUAACCACAGAACCUUGCUAGACCCGCUCUAUAUCUCUUUCUCGCUACAAAAGAACCUAACCGCAGUCACCUACAGUCUAAGCAGGAUGUCUGAGGUGUUGGCCCCAAUCAAAACGGUGCGGUUAACGAGAAACCGCGCUGACGACGCCAAAAUGAUGAAACACUUGCUGGGUCAAGGGAACCUAGUGGUGUGUCCAGAGGGGACCACGUGUAGAGAACCCUAUUUAUUGAGGUUCAGCCCUUUAUUCUCAGAGAUGAGCGAUGAAAUUGUACCCGUGGCAGUUGACACCCACGUUAGCAUGUUCCACGGAACCACCGCUGGAGGACUUAAGUGCUUGGACCCAGUCUUCUUUCUAAUGAACCCCUCUCCGCUUUACACUGUUCAACUUCUGCAACAUGUCUUCCCCUCACACUUUUCCCGCUCAACCACCUCUCAUAUUGACCAAGAGAAUUCCAGAUUUGAAGUGGCCAAUCACGUCCAAUCAAACAUUGGGACCGCGUUGGGAUUUAGCUGCACUAAACUCACUCGCAAGGAUAAGUACUUGAUGUUAGCCGGCAAUGAAGGCAUUGUUUUAAACCCUACGAGUGCCACCAAACACAAUGAUUAG